AUGGAUAACGCUGAACCCAGUACAUCUGACGGUCGAAAAGGACGAAAUAAGCGUAAAAGAGAUAAUGCAGGUGCGGGCUAUUGUGGGCUGACCCCGGAGGAAGUCCGAAAUCUUUCACAAUAUCUUAUGAGCUCCGAUGAGGAUGAGUCCGAAGAUCCCUUUGCUGACAGUGGAAGCGAGUUUAUUCCCAGCUCGGAAGGUGAAUCUUCAGAGGACGACUACUUGCAAGUGUCUGAAGGUGAAGACAACAAGCAUGAUUCAUCUCAAACGCCGGUCUUGGAACCUGAGACAGCAAUGGACGAGAGAAUGGAUAUUAUUAGAGAACGUACGAGGUUAGAAAUAAAAUGGACGGACAAAGAGUUUAUUCCGCAAGUUUUUGCAUUUGAUAGUACUAAUAGCGGAUUAAGAAAUGUUAGUUUAAAUGAUCAAAGCAGUGAAGUAGAUUUCUUUUUGAGUCUUUUAUCUGAAAAUAUUAUGAACGUCAUUGCCAUCGAAACAAAUAGGUAUGCCAUUCAAAGAGAUGCACCUAAGUGGAAAAGCGUUGACAUUCCAGAACUUUACGUAUUUUUCGCUGUAACUCUGCUUAUGACACGUGUAAAGAAACUGAAUAUCAAAGAGUACUGGACCCAAGAUAUCUUACUCAGCACUCCCGUUUUUGGACAGACUAUGUCAAGAAACAGAUAUUGCGAGAUACAUCGCUAUCUUCAUUUCGCUAAUAAUGAGGAGGUAAAGCCUCACAAUCGAUUGGGGAAAUUUGGAAAUAUUUUGACCGUUCUAAAAGAGAAUUUCAAAUCCCUGUUUUAUCCUUUCGAACAUUUGGUUAUUGACGAAAGUAUGGUCCUUUUCAAAGGUCGCCUCAGUGUUCGUCAAUACAUCAAAACAAAAAGACAUAGGUUCGGAAUAAACUGUAUGUCUUGUGUGAUUACUGGCAUCGUCUUGGAUUUUAUAGUGUACGUAAGCAAAGGCACACAAGAAGAUACUCGUGGAUUGGGUGCUACAGGUGAAAUUGUCAGUAAUCUAUUACAACCAUACAUGAACAAGGGUCAUUCUCUUUUUACUGAUAACUUUUAUACCAGUCCAACUUUGUCAACAUUUCUAUUUGAAAAUAAAACCAAUUCAUGUGGGACCGUGAAACAAAAUAGGAAAGAAAUGACAAUUUUAGACAAAAAACUUAAGAGGGGUGAAUGUGAUUGGAGAAGCAGUGAAAACAUGUUGGUGGUUAAAUGGAAAGAUCAGCGAGAUGUCACUAUGCUGACUACACUACAUGAGAAUAAAAUGGUCAGUCUUCCAAGGAAGGAUAGGGUCACAAAUGAAAACCUUCAGAAGCCAUUAUGUGUCUUGGAAUAUAACAAGCAAAUGGGAGCUGUCGACCGAAGUGAUAUGAUGAUCAGCAGCAUUGAUUCAACGCGCAAAAGCAUGAAAUGGUAUAAAAAACUAUUUUUUCAUACCAUGGAUAUAUGCUUAUUGAAUGCUCAUGCCAUGUAUUUGACACAGAAUCCAGCAAAAGUUCCACUGGCCACAUUUCAACUUGCAGUGAUUAGGCAGUUGUUGGAAAGGUUUCAAAAAACAGCUUCGAGAUCUGUUCACCUGGAUCUUGGAAAUAAAAGACUCACACAAAGACAUUUUCCCGAUCUGGUUACAGUCAAGGAAUGCAGCAAAUCGGCCUACAGGAGAUGCUAUGUAUGUUCCCACAGCAAACAAAAACCUAAGAAAAGAAAAGAAACCAAAUAUAUGUGUAAGGAAUGCGAUGUUGGGUUGUGUCCAGCUCCAUGCUUCAAAAUAUAUCAUGAAGAAAAUCACUUUUGA